GACGCUUGACGGGUCUGGGGUCUCGCGCCGUCGCCGCGGAGACCGUUGCCAGGGAAACUGCCUCGGGCUGCGAGCCCCUCCCCCCGCGUCGCAGCGAACCCCCCCAACCCCGGGUCUGCGCAAGCGCGGCCUCGCCGUGCCCAGCUCCCCGUCUCCGAAGGAGACCCCCAGGACCCCUCCCCACUGCGCGGGCACAGAGAGCACCUGGGGCGGCGGGACCGCGACGGGGGACCGCCCUGCCGAGGGUCCGUCCCAUACAGGAGGGUAGAGGCCGGGCCACGCCCUGCACCUUUUCCAGCCUCGGUUUCCCCUCUGGGCUCCCGGCUGAGGGCCUACUCCGCCUUUCGCCGAGGCUGAGGUUCCUAAAAUGUAUCCCACCGAGGCCCAAGCGCUUUGCGGGCCUCUAAUCGUCCGGGACCCUGCGGCUCUAACAUCCCCAACUGAAGAGGAAACUGAGGCUGGGGGCGCAGCGGGGAGCCCAAGGUCACGGCCUCGGCAGGGCGGGGGCCAGAGCGUGGGGCAGAGGCGUCGGGAGAGGAGCCGGUCCGGACGCCGACGGGGGAGCUGUCCGCGGUGCUGACGGGACGCUCGCUCGCCUCCUCCCCGCCGGGGGAAACUGAGCCCCAGAGCCCUGGCAGGCGACCCGCCCCGAUCGGGUUUCAGGGGCGCGGCCUCACCACUCCCCCAUCUCCGGUGCCCGUCCUUCCUCGCGGCUCCAUCACCCGGCUGGGCUCUCAACUGGUCGCAUGACAGACCUGGUGCCUUCCUGCUUCCUUCAGCCCUACCCCAGCUGAGUGGCGGGGGGGGGGGGCACCCCGGGUCCUACCCACCCCUCCGCCCCGGGCACCGCGGAGGAUCAGUGAAAGAGGGCGGGGCAUCAAGUGGGAAUUGGCGCUGAGGUCAGGAUCAGAAGACUCAGACACUGAGUGACCGUGUUGUAUGGGGGCCGGAUGCUGGGACGGCGGUGGAGGGGAGGGAGCGGUCUCUGGGUGAGGGUGGGGCUGAGCGAGCCCCGUGGUUCCACGGCAGCAGUGGGGAGCGCAGAAGGUCCCAGGAGGGUCCCCGGGAAGGGUCUCCACACUAGGCCUGGGUGCUGUACAUUGGGGGGAGGUGUCUUUCAUUCCCCCAAGGCUGGGACUGGGGUCCUGGGGUGCUGUAUUUCCCAAGGUUCUAUGGUUCUCGAAUCUCCAUGAUGCCUGGGUCUGUGGCUCAAGAAUUUACAGGGUCAGGGAUUCUCGAGGAGGAGGAGGAGCAGGGGCUUCAGAGAUACAAUUUUCCAGAGGCUUGGGGACAAGAGCACCUGGGGGGACCUCAGUCCCAGGUGCCCUCAGCCCUCCAGGACCCAGGGCUGCUGAGGUUCAUGAGUGAACUCCAGCAGGGCACUCCCUGGCUUAAGCCUCAGUGUCCUCAUAUGUAUGAGGACAUGGCUGGCCUUUAGGCCACUCUAAGAUUUUUGGCUGAGAGGGGCCUGGGGGCCAGUGACCUCUGAGACUGGGUGGGGGAGGUGAGACCUAGUUCUGUGCGGGCAAGGGUUCUCCAACCCACCUCCUAGUCAACAAAACAAGAAACCCGAGGUCAGAGAGAGAGAGGCCCAAGGUCAUGGCGGGGAAUCAAGGUAGAGCUAAUGCUGUGGCCCUGAGCCCUGUCCUUUCCCCAGCCCCUCUGUCCUGCUCUGUGGCCAGUUCAGCCCAUGACCCUUCCAGGGGACUGCCCCUGCUCCAAACCCAUCAUAAGGACCUGACCCAGGCCUAAACCCACAUCCCCUGAGAGGGCACUGAUCCCAGCUCUGGAAACUGCACACGCUGUUCCUUUAGCCCGGAACGCUGUUCCCUCCUUGCUUCCAUGGCCAGCUCUUCAUCCUGAAGAGACCAAGCACCAUGUCCCCUUCUCUGGGCAGCCUUCCCAGCUUCCAGAAAGAGCCCCCUUGCCCACUGCACCCUGUCCUCAAGCCCCACGGGCUGGGGACUGCUGUGUCUGGCUCUUGAGGGUCCGCUCAGGGCCCCCGGCAUUGCCAGCCCAGGACGGACACGGGGGGGCCUCCUGCAGCAAACCCAACAGAAAACAGUGUGGCCCCCUUGCCCUUGGCUCCCUGUUGUCCCGUCGUUCCCUGCACCAGCCCUAACUGAGGCUGCAGCUGCCUCCCCCAUUUUACCCAGGGGGAAUCAGGUUCUCGGGGCAAACGAUUUGCCCCGGCGUCCCAGCCAGGAAAGACAGAGGCAGCCCCCCUAAACCCUGUCUCCUGGCCCAGAGCCCCCUUUGUCCUCGUGCAUGCGUGUGUCUGAGGCAGGAAGGACUGGCCACAGCUGCGAGAUCCUGGCUCUGGGUUUUAAACCCUCAAGUGGUUCUGGGGACCCAGGGAAGAACUGAGGAAGCGGGGGCCCCAGGCCCCUCCCUCUUCGGCCUCCCCUUCUGUGAGGGUGAAAUAGAAGUGUGACGAGAGACAGAGACACAGGGAGACGAGAUUGCAAGAGACCGAGCGACAUGCGGGAGGACAGGAGUCCCAGCCGAUGCCCGCGGAGGAGUUCUGCCAGGGAGACAGAAAUGCCAGGGUCGCAGGUGCUUCUCAGCCCGCCCAUCCCCCAUGCUCAGUCCCUCAUGCCAGUCACGGCCCUCCCUGCUGGCAGGGGCUGGGGGGUCCAGCCUGGGUCCUUGGCCCUGCCCUGCUCUCACCCAUCUGCACAAGGCCUGGCUGGGUCCGUGAGGAGGGGCUGACCUGGCUCCUGCCCACCCGCCCCCAGAUUCUGAUGUAACAUCCAGGACUGGGUGUUUCACUUCCAAGUUCUCCGGAUCCAGCCGCAGGAGGUUCUUAAGGCCGCUUUACUCCGGAACGUGUGGGGGACACGGAGCCCUAGACCACGGGGCGCCCCCUUCCCUUGGAGGGGGUUCACCCCCCUUUGCACACGCAGUCCCUGAACCCGCCCGGAGGCGCGACGUCCCGCUGCCGCCGCUGGUCCCCGCCCUGGGGCCGCCAUUGGCUGUUGCCAUGGCACCAGGCCUUCUUCCCGCGCCGCGAUUGGCCGCGGCGGCUGCAUCCCGCAUCCCGCAUCCUCCCCCGCUCGCGGUGGUCUCGCCCAGCCCCAGGAGCGGCGGCGCCGCCUGGGCAGGCCGGGACCGGGCUUUGUCCGCCCCGGAACCCUCUGCCUGCGCCGCCAAGACCCCGAAGACCCGGAACCCACGCCCCGCGGCGCCCCCGCCAGCCCAGCCCGAGCGAGAUAAAGCGCUCCAGGAGCUGAAGAUGGCGAGCUCCGUGGCACCCUACGAGCAGCUGGUGCGGCAGGUGGAGGCCUUGAAGGCCGAGAACAGUCACCUGAGGCAGGAGCUGCGGGACAAUUCCAGCCACCUGUCCAAGCUAGAGACGGAGACGUCCGGCAUGAAGGAGGUCCUGAAGCACUUACAGGGCAAGCUGGAGCAGGAGGCCGGAGUGCUGGUGUCCCUGGGGCAGACAGACGUGCUGGAGCAGCUGAAAGCCCUGCAGAUGGACAUCACCAGCCUGUACAACCUCAAGUUCCAGCCCCCAGCCCUAAGUCCCGAGCCCGCGGCGCGGACCCCCGAAGAAAGUCCCGUCCACGGCUCUGGACCCUCUAAGGACAGUUUUGGGGAGCUGAGCAGGGCUACUGUCCGGCUGCUGGAGGAGCUGGACCGGGAACGGUGCUUCCUGUUGAACGAGAUCGAGAAGGAGGAGAAGGAGAAGCUCUGGUACUACUCGCAGCUGCAGGGCCUGUCCAAGCGCCUGGACGAGCUCCCGCACGUGGAGACGCAGUUCUCGAUGCAGAUGGACCUGAUCCGGCAGCAGCUGGAGUUCGAGGCCCAGCACAUCCGCUCGCUGAUGGAGGAGCGCUUCGGCACGUCGGACGAGAUGGUGCAGCGCGCGCAGAUCCGCGCUUCGCGCCUGGAGCAGAUCGAUCAGGAGCUGCUCUCCGCCCAGGACCGCGUGCCGCAGACCGAGGCCCAGGCCCUGCUGGCGGUGAAGUCAGUGCCGGUAGAGGAGGACCCGGAGACUGAGGUCCCCACGCACCCUGACGACGGUGUCCCUCAGCCGGGCAACAGCAAGGUGGAGGUGGUCUUCUGGUUGCUGUCCAUGCUGGCGACACGGGACCAGGAGGACACAGCCCGCACCCUGCUGGCGAUGUCCAGCUCGCCGGAGAGCUGCGUGGCGAUGCGCCGCUCGGGGUGUCUGCCGCUGCUGCUGCAGAUCCUGCACGGCGCGGAGGCGGGCAACGGGAGCCCCGGGGCGCCGGGAGCCAAGGAUGCACGCAUGCGCGCCAACGCGGCGCUGCACAACAUAGUCUUCUCGCAACCGGACCAGGGCCUGGCGCGCAAGGAGAUGCGCGUCCUGCAUGUGUUGGAGCAGAUCCGGGCCUACUGCGAGACCUGCUGGGACUGGCUUCAGGGCAGGGACGGUGCCGACGGAGGCGGCAACGGCGGCGGUGAGCGCGUAGGAGCUCCGGUGUGGGGGGCCCCUGUCCCCAUUGAGCCUCAGAUCUGCCAGGCCACCUGUGCCGUGAUGAAGCUGUCCUUUGAUGAGGAGUACCGCCGUGCCAUGAACGAGCUGGGUGGGCUGCAGGCCGUGGCAGACUUGCUGCAGGUUGACUACGAGAUGCACAAGAUGACGCGGGACCCGCUCAACCUUGCCCUUCGCCGCUACGCCGGCAUGACCCUCACCAACCUCACCUUUGGGGACGUCGCCAACAAGGCCACGCUGUGUGCCCGCCGGGGCUGCAUGGAGGCCAUCGUGGCCCAGCUGGCUUCUGAGAGCGAGGAGCUCCACCAGGUGGUGUCCAGCAUCCUGCGCAACCUGUCCUGGCGGGCUGACAUCAACAGCAAGAAGGUGCUACGGGAGGUCGGCAGCAUGACUGCCCUGAUGCAGUGUGUUCUUCGAGCCUCCAAGGAGUCCACCCUGAAGAGCGUGCUCAGUGCCCUGUGGAACCUGUCGGCACAUAGCACGGAGAACAAGGCGGCCAUCUGCCAGGUGGACGGUGCCCUGGGCUUCCUGGUGAGCACACUGACCCACAAGUGCCAGAGCAACUCCCUGGCUAUCAUCGAGAGCGGCGGUGGCAUCCUGCGCAACGUGUCCAGCCUCAUCGCCACCCGGGAGGACUACAGGCAGGUGCUGCGCGACCACAACUGCCUGCAGACGCUGCUGCAGCACCUGACGUCGCACAGCCUGACCAUCGUGAGCAACGCCUGCGGCACGCUCUGGAACCUGUCCGCCCGCAGCCCGCGUGACCAAGAGCUCCUGUGGGACCUGGGGGCCGUGGGCAUGCUGCGCAACCUGGUGCACUCCAAGCACAAGAUGAUCGCCAUGGGCAGCGCCGCCGCCCUGCGCAACCUGCUGGCCCACCGCCCCGCCAAGUACCAGACCACGGCCACGGCCGUCUCCCCCGGCGCAUGCGCUCCCAGCCUGUACGUGCGGAAGCAGCGGGCGCUGGAGGCCGAGCUGGACACGCGGCACCUGGCGCAGGCGCUCGACCACCUGGAGAAGCAGGGCCUGCCGGAGGCGGAGGCCGACGCAGCCUCCAAGAAGCCCCUGCCGCCCCUGCGGCACCUGGACGGGCUGGCCCGGGACUACGCCUCGGACUCGGGCUGCUUCGACGACGAUGAGGCGCCCUCCCUGGCCGCUGCAGCUGCCACUGCGGAGCCUGCCAGCCCCGCGGUGCUGUCGCUCUUCCUGGGGAGCCCCUUCCUGCAGGGGCAGGCGCUGGCCCGGGCCCCGCCAGCCCGCCGCAGUGGCCCAGAGGCAGAGAAGGAGGCCAGCGGGGAGGUGGCCGUGGCGGCCAGGGCCAAGGCCAAGCUGGCGCUGGCGGUGGCACGCAUCGACAGGCUGGUGGAGGACAUCUCUGCCCUGCACACCUCGUCGGACGACAGCUUCAGCCUCAGCUCUGGGGACCCUGGACAGGAAGCGCCGCGUGAAGGCCGGGCCCAGUCCUGCUCUCCUUGCCGGCGGCCGGAGGGCAGGCGGCCAGAGGCUGGCAGUCGUGCCCACCCACUGCUGCGGCUCAAGGCUGCCCACGCCAGCCUCUCCAAUGACAGUCUCAACAGCGGCAGCACCGGUGAUGGGCGCUGUCCCCGCGAGCACACACGGUCCUGCCCACUGGCCGUGCUGGCAGAGCACCGCGAGGGGUCCCCAAGCAGCCAGGUGCGGCCCAGCCGGCUAGACCUCCACCUGCCAGGCAGGCAGGAGCCGGCAUCCCGGGACGGCUCUGCCGCCGAUGCCUGUGUACGCACCAUCAAGCUGUCGCCCACCUACCAGCACGUACCGCUCUUCGAGGGCAACCCCAGGGCAGGCAUGGGGUCCCUGGCCCCCGGAGCCCGGAAGCAGGCCUGGCUGCCCAUGGACGGCCUGAGCAAGGUGCCGGAGAAGCUGGUGGCAGAGACCGUGCCACUGUGCCUGUCGCGCUGCAGCUCCCUGUCCUCGCUGUCCUCGGCUGGCCGCCCAGGCCCCAGUGAGGCCGGGGACCUGGACAGUGACUCAUCCCUGGAAGGGCUGGAGGAGGCCGGACCCAGCAAGGCUGACCUGGACGGGGCCUGGCUCGGCCCCGGGGCUGCCUCCCUGCCUGUGGCCAUCCCGGCUCCGCAGCGGGGCCGGGGCCUGGGAGUGGAGGACACCACCCCGUCCAGCUCCUCGGAGAACUGCGUGCAGGAGACGCCACUGGUGCUCAGCCGCUGCAGUUCGGUGAGCUCCCUGAGCAGCUUCGAGAGCCCGUCCAUCGCCAGCUCCGUGCCCAGUGACCCGUGCAGCGGGCUGGGCAGCGGCACGGUCAGCCCCAGCGAGCUGCCCGACAGCCCCGGGCAGACCAUGCCUCCCAGCCGCAGCAAGACGCCCCCGCUGGCCCCCGCGCCCCCCGGCGAGCGGGAGAGCACCCAGUUCAGCCUGCAGUGGGAGAGCUAUGUGAAGCGCUUCCUGGACAUCGCCGACCGCCGCGAGCGCUGCCGGCUUCCGUCUGAGCUGGAUGCGGGCAGCGUGCGCUUCACCGUGGAGAAGCCGGAUGAGAACUUCUCCUGCGCCUCCAGCCUCAGCGCGCUGGCCCUGCACGAACACUAUGUGCAGAAGGACGUGGAGCUGCGGCUGCUGCCCCCAGCCUGCCCCGAGCGUGGCAGCAGCGGCAGCGGCGGCGGCCCCGGCCUGCACUUUGCAGGGCACCGCCGGCGGGACGAGGCUGGUGGCUGUCUCGAGGGCCCGGCAGCCACCGACCAGGAGCUGGAGCUGCUGCGCGAGUGCCUGGGGGCGGCGGUCCCCGCCCGGCUCCGCAAGGUGGCCUCGGCGCUGGUGCCUGGUCGCCGCGCACUGCCCGUGCCCGUCUACAUGCUGGUGCCGGCCCCCGCCCGGGGGGACAACUCCUGCGCCGACUCCGCUGACGGCACGCCCGUCACCUUCUCUAGUGCCACCUCGCUCAGUGACGAGACACUGCAGGGACCUCCCAGGGACCCGCCCAGCGGGCGCUCCGACAGGCAGAAGCCUGCGGGUCGUGAGGCCCCGGCCAGGCAGGCCACGGGGCACAGGCACAGGGCAUGGGGUGCAGGCCGGAGCCCAGAGCAGGCCCGGGGCGUGGGCAGGAGCAGGGAGGGGCUGGAGCUUCCCCUCCGCCAGCCCUCGAGCGCCUGCAAGGACCAGGAUGUCUCCCGCCCCAGCCCAGGCCGCGGGGACGGGGCGCUGCAGUCUCUGUGCCUCACGACGCCCACCGAGGAAGCUGUGUACUGCUUCUACGACAACGACUCAGACGAGGAGCCCUCCGAGGCGGUGGUGCCCCCGCGGCGGGCAUCUGCCAUCCCCCGGGCAGUUAAGAGAGAGCGCCCAGCUGGCAGGAAGGAGGUACAGGCUGCACCCAAGGCUGCGCCCAAGGCCACGCAAGCUGCCCGUGCCCAGCCCAGCCUCAUUGCCGAUGAGACGCCGCCGUGCUACUCCCUGAGCUCCUCCGCCAGCUCCCUGAGUGAGCCCGAUCCCCCCGAGCACCCAGCAGGCCGGCCCCAGGCUCUCGAGCCGGCUGCCAACAAGGGGCUGGGCACUGCAGGGGGUCGUCAUGGCCCCCCGAGCCCACGGGUGCAGACAGGGCUGCUCCGGCGCGGUGCCAACUCUGCAGUGCCCAGGCGCCGGUUCCAAGCAUCGGGCUCUCGGCGCCGCAAGCCCCAAGCCACCCAGCCAGACAAGCAGCCUGCAGAGGGGCCCCGGGAGCGCGGGGACGAGGCGGCCAGCUCUGACCAUGCCUCAGACCUUGACAGCGUCGAGUGGCGCGCGAUCCAGGAGGGCGCCAACUCCAUCGUCACGUGGCUGCACCAGGCGGCGGCGGCGGCCACCCACGAGGCCUCGUCUGGGUCUGACUCGAUCCUGUCCGGGUCGGGGCUGUCGGGGAGCUCCACCCUGCAACCCUCACUGCACAGGAAGGGACGGCGGCUGCAGGCGGGGGGCCCGGUGGGCAGCACUGCGAGGCCGGAGAAACGGGACUCGGCCCUGGCCCAGCACAGCACCAGCGGCCCCGAGAAGCUGCGAGGGGCUCAGAAGACCACGUGCAGGGUGCCGGCCGUGCUCCGGGGAAGGACUGUGAUCUAUGUGCCCAGCCCGGCCCCCCGGGCCCAACCCAAAGGCCACCCUGGCACCCAUGUGGCACCGAGGAAGAUGGGACCCCCGAGUCCUGCGCAGCCAGGAGCCCCCGCCAAGACCCCCAGCCCUGGGCAGCAGCGGUCUCGAAGCCUGCACCGGCCUGGCAAGAGCUCGGAGCUGGCGGCACUGAGCCCUCCCCAGAGGAGUGCCACACCGCCCGCACGCCUGGCCAAGGCCCCCUCCUCAGGGUCCUCCCCCGCCUCUCCGGCCUCCCAGGCCCCUACCAGGAGGCUGCCCACAGGCACCCAGGCAGCAGGGCCCCUCCCUGGCCCCGGGGCAGCUCUGGUGCCCCAAACACCCACGCGGGCCCUGCUGUCUAAGCAGCACAAGACGCAGAAGUCACCUGUGCGGAUCCCCUUCAUGCAGAGGCCAGCCAGGCGGGGGCCGCCAGCCCUGGCCAGGGCAGCCCCGGAGCCGGGUCCCCGGGGUCGGGCGGCAGCGGAGGGAAGCCCUGGCGCCCGAGGGGGCCGCCUGGGCCUCGUUCGCGUGGCCUCUGCCCGCUCCAGUGGCAGCGAGUCGUCCGACCGCUCAGGUUUCCGGCGGCAGCUGACCUUUAUCAAGGAGUCCCCGGGCCUGCUGCGCCGCCGCCGUUCGGAACUGUCCACCCCAGAGGCUGCGCGCCCCGCCUCCCAGGGCGGCUCCCCCCGCCGCAGUCAACCCGCGCUGCCCACUGUCUUCCUCUGCUCCUCGCGCUGCGACGAGCUGCGGGCAGCCCCCAGGCAGGCUCCAGUCCCCCAGCGAGCCCCCGCAGCCAGGCCCAGUCCCAGCGAGCGGCCUGCCCGGCGCCCCAGCUCCGAGAGCCCGUCCCGCCUGCCUGUGCGCACCCCCACCGCCCCACCCGAGGCGGUCAAGCGGUACGCCUCCCUGCCGCACAUCAGCGUGGCCCGCAGGCCCGACGGGGCCGCCCCCGGGGCCGGCGCGGACGCUGCCCGCCGCAGCAGCGAUGGAGAGGCCCGGCCGCUGCCGAGGGUGGCGGCACCAGGCACCACGUGGCGUCGCAUCCGGGACGAGGACGUCCCACACAUCCUGCGGAGCACGCUGCCUGCCACUGCCCUGCCACUGAUGGGCGCCCCGUCCGAGGAGGGCCCCAGCAGCCCCCCACAGCGCAAGACCAGCGACGCCGUGGUCCAGACGGAGGACUUUGCCGCCACCAAGACCAACUCCAGCACGUCUCCGAGUCUGGAAAGCAGGGGGCCCCCCCAGGCUGCCAUCUGCGGCCCCAGCACACUCACCGGCAGCGAUGUGGACGGGCUUGGCCCCACCAAAGCGCCCACCUCUGCUCCCUUUGUCCACGAGGGCCUGGGGGUGGCUGCAGGGGGCUUUCCCACCAGCCGGCACGGCUCCCCCAGCCGCUCGGCCCGUGUCCCCCCCUUCAACUAUGUGCCCAGCCCCAUGGCGGCAGCCGCCACUGACUUGGCCACAGAGAAAGCCCCCGCUGCUGCCCCUACCAGCCUCCUGGAAUAGUGGCCAGUGCCGGCCUUCUAGAACAUCCUCUCCUGGCCAAGGGCUGGUCUGGCUGUCUGGAGGGUGGUCCUAGGGUCCGUCUACCCAUCAGAGCCUCUGCCCUUGGAGCCCCACUGCAGCCUGAACUGGCCUCACAUCUCAUGCACAGACGCUUGCUUCGUGCUGCGGGGGCUCUGGAGGGAACGGGCUGCCGGCGUCCUCUCUCGUCCCAGCCUGGAGGGAGUGCGGCGAGGCGGUCUGGCCCCGGGCCGGCCUCCACGCGGGGAUGCCCUCCCAGCCUGGGCUGCCCUCAGCAGCCCCGCUCCAGGCCCCCCUCCCUGCUGGGCCCAGCCUCAGCAAGACCAUCCCGUGUCAGGAGCCGCAGGGAGGUGACAGAGUCCGCCCCGGGUGGGGGGCAGGGCUGGCGAGGGUGGCCCCAUCAAGCAAGCGCCUGCCAGCUGGGGGCCUCGGCAUCUGUCCCAGCCUGCACUGGGACGCAGCCCGUAAUUUGGGGAGGCCUGGUAAUUGGUUAAUGAUGGCUCUGCCGGUUAGUUUGCCUUCUCAGCCCCAGCUGGGGCGUGUGGGGGCAGGGAGUGGCUGAGCCCAACUCAAAGCCCCUGCCCCGUCCUAGACCUCGCCGCGAGGGAGUCAGGAGGGCCCCAGGGGCGGUGUGUGGAGCAGCCUGGGACAGGGAGAGGCCGGUGCGCGGACAGCAG